AUUCGCCGGAACAGCGGUGGUAAAAAAAAAAGAAGAGAAAAAAAGCGUUGGACAUGAAGAGGGCUUCUUCUUUACAAGGAUAAAGUUUUAGUAAAAUCCUGAUGAUCAGAUUAUUAACAGAUAAACAGAUUAUUAACAGAUAAAAAAUAAAACACUUCUGUUCUGUCGAAACCCUGACACUGAGUUACUGAGACGAGUUUCUCUCUUCUGAGGUAAUUUCUCAUAAUGGCAGAGCAAAUAAAACACUCCAAAAACACACAGCUGGAGAAGUCCACUAAAGACAAAGUGGAUAAAUUCAACAGAAUAAGGGGUGCUGAGGUGAAACCAGGUGGGUUUUGGGACCUGGUGGUGAUCACAGCAGUAGAUGAAGAGCAAAGAUGUUCGUAUGAAGUACAGCUGAAGGAGAAGAUCCACAGAGGAGAUCUGCCCCCCACUGUUUAUCACGUCUUUGCAGAUCCUCCAGGAGAAAAAAUAGGUAAUGGAGGCUCGACACUACAUGUUCUGCAGCUCCUGAAGGAUGAGUAUGGAGAGUCUUUAUCCAGAUUCAGAGUGCUCCUCAUCCACGCUGGAGGGUGGAGUCAGCGUUUACCCCACGUCAGUGCUCUGGGGAAGAUCUUCAUGGCUCUUCCUCUAGGAGAUCGUGUCUAUCAGAUGUUGGAUCUGAAGCUGCUCAUGUAUGUGGACUUUCCUGCUCACAUGAAUCCUGGCGUGUUGGUCACUUGUGCUGAUGACGUCAUGCUGUACAGCGCCAUCCAAAGUGUAGAGUUUAAUAAACCUGGCUUCACUGCCCUUGCACACCCCUCCCCCCUGUCCAUCGGUCAGUCACACGGUGUGUUCAUUCUCGAACACGGAGAUGAGCUGCCUGUCCGCGACGUGGAAUAUAGAACAUGUCUCCGGUUCCUGCACAAACCUAGCGUGGAUGUAAUGCGCGGGAGCGGUGCCGUGUUCAGGAAGCAUGAUGAGGAGGUGGUCUACACUGACAGCACAUACUACAUUAGUCAUGGCACGGUGGAGAUGCUGCUAAACUUAUUCCAUGAAAUUAGACCCCUGAGGUGUGAGAUUGAUGCCUAUGGAGAUUUUCUGCAAAGUUUAGGAACCAGCGCUACAGCUGAGUACACAAACAACACUGAGAAUGUCAUGAAGCAGGAGAAAGAUCUGGUGGAAGUCAGAAAGAAGAUCUUCCAGCAUCUCAGAGGAACACAGCUGAAUGUUGUAAUCCUCAACGAGUCCAAAUUCUACCACCUGGGCACCAUGGAAGAGUAUCUGUUCCACCUCACUGGAGAUGUGUGUCUACGAGAGGAACUCGGUCUCCAGACCAUCACCUUCAGCUCCUGUUCUCAGGGUGUGUGUGAGAAUAAAAACUUGUGUUUUAUACAGAGUAUUGUCCAUCCGAGUGUGCAAGUAUGUGAGGGCAGCAUGGUGGAGUUCUCCAGGCUGGAGGAUGGAGUGGAGCUGGGCCAGAGCUCUAUCAUCAGCAGCUGCUGGGUGGACAGGGGUCUCUCUGUCCCCUCCAACACCUUCAUGCACACGUUAGCUGUGUGUUCAGAUUGCAGGACACAGUUUGUAACUGUGGCGUUUGGUGUUCGGGACGAUCUGAAGAAGACAGUGCCCAGCCGUGCAGAUGUGAGCAGGUUGGAGGUGUUUGGUGUUUCUGUGGGAGAGUGUGUGAGCCGCUGGGGCCUGAGUGUGGGGGACAUCAGGUUCUCAGGAGAUGGGUGUGUCCGUAACCUGUGGACCUGCCGCAUGUUUCCUGUGUGUGAGGACAUGAGGAGCUCGUUCUCCACCACGCUGCAGAUGGUCCGAGCAGCUCACAGAAAUGAAAUUGUGAGUUUACACAAACACACACUGCUCUCAUUGCAGGAAAUCCUCCAGCAGAAAGACCUGGAGAGCAUGCUGAAGUUCAGAAACAGUCUGCACAAGGACAUUCUGUGGGAAAAAACAGAUACAACAAUGUCCGUGUCCAUCUAACUGGAGCGCAUUGCAUUGUUUAAAAAAAAAUAAUUUAGGAAAAGAAAAAAAGUUUUACUAUAGUGUGUGUGUGUGUGUGUGUGUGUGUGUGUGCAAGCGUGUGUGUGUGUGUGUAGUUACACUGACUCUCAGCCUGUUCACUGAAAGGCUUUAAAGCUCGUUGAUCUGAUGAUGUAAAUAAAUCU